CGGAGAAAAAACACUGCAGUUUGAAACAACAAACAUGUUUGUUGAAUGAUGAUCCAAUCAAAUAGUACUUUUAAACUGGAAGUUUGUUGUUUACAAUCUGCAAUCCUAGUUGAGAACAACCAUACUGGGUGGUUGUUUCUACUGCCCCGAAAGAACACCAAUCCUGGUUAUUUCAAACUAACGUGGUUGUUGAUUCCUACCAAACCAAUAGUUGAUUUUACUAAAUAUUGGGUUGUAUAUUCUGUUCAUCAUCUGUAAAAAACAAACUGAAAUAUUAGUUGAAAUCAACCGGCACAAUGCGUUGAAUCAAACUAAUAUUUUGGUUGUGGAAAAAGCAAUCAAAAUAUUAGUUGAAACGACCCCCAUUUUCAGUUUGUUUUGUUUUCCGCUACUGCUCCGCCGCCGGUUAUGUCAAACGUCAUCGAUAGCUUCAGCUACUUCCAUCGCUCGGCGCGUUCGCGUGUUUUUGUAUCGUCGCGGUGAAAAAUUGAAAUUAAAAAGACAAAAGUGUACGUUCAAACCGUGAAAAACUAAGGAAAACACUUAUUGAAGGUUAGUUGUAUCUAGUAACUAUAAAAGUUAGUGAAUAAGGGUUGAGAAACUGUAUAUUUUCAAACAGAACAAAGUGCAAGAGCACUUUGUUUACAUUCUUGCUGCUUGGUGCUUUUUAACAUUUUUUAUUAAAACGGAGAGUUUUGGUAGAUAUUUCCGGUGAAAAAUAUCGAUAAUCUCCCUUGGAUUUAGAUUUCCUCUGAUUCCUUGCAUAGUAUUUUGCACGCCAGAAAUUCUGUUUCCUAAUAUUUCUAACCAAAAAAAAAAAAACAUUUAUUCGCUGCUAUCCGUCGUCAACCACGUCUAAUCGCUUAACGGUUAACGAAGGAGAGCAGCAGAGGAUUGAGGAUUUUUCCGGUUAGUGAAAUAGUAAUAAUAUUCUUAAUUUACUUAUUAUUGCACACGUGACCACUUUUUUCAAUUAAAAAAGAAUGGAUGAUGAACCGUACGGAAAACUUACAAAAAUCGAGAUAGAAGAGGUACCUGAAACGAACGUCAUCGAAGAGCUCGAUGCGGAAGGUGAAGAUGCUGACGUUUCGUAUGAAGAACUUGAUUACGAAAACGAUCCAUUGGUUCAACUACUCCAAUCGUUUCAUAUCUCUGCCGAAACAAUAAACAAAUUUUUAGCCAACGGAUACGAUUUGGAUGGACUGAAAAUAAUUGAGAGACAGGAAAUCGAGGAGUUGGUUGGCCAUCCCAACUUAGCCGAUCGGACCAAACUCAUCCACGGUUUAAAUAUUUGGAGAAAGUCUCAGAAGCUACCACCCGUUUCGACCCCACUGGCUCCUCUGGAAACUAACAUCCAGAGUCAGAGCUGUCAGAGCCCUCGCUCGGUUACCAAACGAGACGAGCUAACGGCGACAUUCCUGUUGCAGAAGUCUACUCGUGGCAAGCAAAUUAUUGAAGAAUUCAAUAGCACGAAAGUCCUGACCAAAGCACAAAAACGCAUAAUUACGCACAUUGUAAUUGAUGAGUUCAAAGAUUCGUUCGGGAAACUGACACACGACGAGCUGCUUUUUAGAGCGUGUGAGCUAAGCAACUUGUUUCCCUCGGAGCCGAAGGACUCGUGGUAUCAGCCAACGUUUGCUGUUGACGGCAGCAAGAAAACCCGGAUUGGCCGUCAUCCUAAAGGAGCACUAUACGAUAGAAAUUGCAACUAUCGCAAGGGCACUGCGCAACAAGGGGGAACAAGACAAACCAGCGAUAGUACAACACCGGCUGCGAACAUUUUCUCCGAUGAUGAUUGGAUGGAAUAUCAACAGAGCAAAGUGUGGAUGAGACAUCACGAAGACGAAUGGCCAGCCAUUCUUCAGAGGUGGAUUGCCACGUGUGCGUAUCGCGGGUUGGAGGUAUCAAGACUCGAGAGCCGAUCGUGUGAAACCAUUUUGGAUCAGUACCCUACUCUACGAAACGCCGAAGGGUACCAACUUACCCAAAUAGAUUUCGACGCGAAAUUUGCGUCCAAAAGCUCGGCUCUCUUCGAUAAUUGGAGCAAAUUCGUUUCAAAAGUUAAACCGAUUUUAACCACUGAUGUGACCGACAAGUCUGGCAAGGAAAUUCUGCUUUUGCUGGACCUGGAGUUGAAUGAAGAUUGCCGUGAUGCAGUAUUUACAGUACUGAUACCGUACAUUCUUCCAUCCUCCGUAUUGACGCUGCAGAAUAAAUUCAAGUGGAAACCGAGUUACGUCGAAAGCCGCAAUAGCUUUGUGCUCUGGGUGAAAAACAUCACCGACAUGCAAUCGGAGGUAGAAUCUCACCACAAGUCACGCCUGGAAAAAAGAAGAUUGCAACGGUGCCCACUUGUGGUGAUUGUUGGAUCAGAGCUAAACAAGUUGAAUUACUUCAUUGUGUCGUUUGGAGACGCCUACUACCAGCUCCCAACAUUUCUUAAGGCUUUGGACGUAUGCUACAAAUUAUUUCAAACAUACCUAUUGGAAUUCCCUCCGGAGAGCGCAGGAUCUUGGAAUCUCCUAGGACACGUUAUUUACGGAUCCCAGCUGAACGACUCGAAUCGCGCGAAAAUUUUGUCCAUUAACGCUGCAUUCAACACAGAGCCUUAACAUGAUUAUAUGCCAAGUUAGAGGAUGCCACUGGGAGUGCACAUCGAGCGAUCAAUAUUUUCGUCAUGUUGUACGUAUGCACGAUCCGAGGGAUGGAUACAAAUGUUUUCGCCAAUGCGGUCGUCUAUUCACAUCAAUUAAAAGCCUUAAAAAACA